UCAUGCCUUUCUUAUUCAACUAGUAUAAUCUAUAUAAAUAAACAAAGACAGAGAUGAAUACAGGUCAAAGCAGAGAUCUGCACCUCCUCUUAUCUCUCUUCUUACUCUUCUUCUUUCUCAUUGCAGAAGAAGUAAUUUGAUUCUUCUUCCUCAUAUUGCUUAUCCUUUUCUUGUUAAAAAUCUAAGAUGGAGAACAAACCAAGCAUACUAACUGAUAAAUAUGAGGUUGGGAGAUUACUCGGUCAAGGCAACUUCGCCAAGGUCUUUUACGGAAGAAGCAUUCUCACAAACGAGAGUGUAGCUAUCAAGAUGAUAGACAAAGACAAACUCAAGAAAGUUGGUCACAGUGAGCAGAUCAAAAGAGAGAUCUCUGUGAUGAGCCUAGCCAAACACCCUAACGUCGUUAACCUACACGAGGUCAUGGCAACAAAGACAAAGAUCUACCUCAUUCUAGAGUACUGCAAAGGUGGAGAGCUUUUCAAGAAGAUGGUGAAAGGCAAACUAGCUGAGAACGUCGCUUGGAAGUACUUUCAUCAACUCAUCAAUGCCGUUGACUAUUGCCAUAGCCGUGAAGUGUAUCACCGUGACAUUAAGCCAGAGAAUAUCUUGCUUGACGAGAACGAUAACCUCAAGGUUUCUGAUUUUGGUUUAAGCGCAUUAGCCGAGAGCAGACGCCAAGACGGUCUGCUUCACACAGCUUGUGGCUCACAUGCCUAUGCUUGUCCUGAGAUUGUUAACAGGAAAGCAUAUGAUGGGACUAAAGCAGAUAUAUGGUCUUGUGGGGUUGUCUUGUUUGUGCUUUUAACCGGUUAUCUCCCUUUCUAUGCGUCAAAUAUAAUGGAGAUGUAUAGGAAGAUUGGUAAAGCACAGUUCAAAUGUCCACGUGAGUUUCCACCAGAAGCAAAGAGACUGUUGCAUAAGAUGUUGGAUCCUAACCCUGAGAGUAGAAUCACCAUCUCAAAAAUCAAGGAGAGUUCAUGGUUCAAGAAAGGUUUACCAAUGAAGCAGAAACGGAUUGAGAAGCAAAUGGAACCUGGUCCAAGUGAGCCACCACCACAGCUUUCAAGCAUGAAUGCUUUUGAUAUCAUCUCCUUGUCAUCAGGUUUUGCUCUGGGAGGUCUAUUUGGAGAAAUGUACAACAAGAAAGAGUCCAAGUUCACAUCUAGAAAGCCUGCUUUAGAGAUCAUUUGCAAGCUGGAGGAAGUAGCUAGAGCGUUGAACUUAAAGAUAAGGAAGCAAGAAGCAGGUUUGUUCAAGAUUGAAGGAGCAAAGGAGGGGAGAAAAGGGAGGUUGUUGAUAGAUGCGGAGAUAUUUGAAGUGACGGAGACGUUUCAUCUUGUUGAAGUGAAGAAAUGUAGUGGGGAUACAAUGGAGUAUCAGAGGCUAGUGGAGGAGGAGCUUAGGCCUGCUCUGGCUGAUAUUGUGUGGGUUUGGCAAGGGGAGAAUGAGCAUGUGUUGCAGGAAGGAGAAGAAUCAUUGUAG